GCAUUUUCCUGGAGCUCCUAGAGCCAUACAUCCUCACAGACCACCUCAGCACGCUCCCUCCUGAGGUGAUGCAAGCGCUAGUGGAGCAUUACAGUGAGAGGGGGUGGCUGUCACGCGUGCAGCAGUGUGUGCUGCACAUGGAUAUCGCCUCGCUCGAUAUCAACCAGGUGGUGCGCCUGCUCCGUCAACACCCUUCUCUCCCAUGCACACACCCUUCCAUGCCUUUUUUUCCCUUUCUCUCCGCCUUUCCUCCCAGGUGCUACCGCCUGCUGCUCUUCCUCAAGCUCACCUUCUCCAGCCUCAACUUCCCUCCAGGCAGUGGCGCAAUCUCCCCGUCUCUCCUACCCUCAGCCCAAGCCGAACUCCUUAACUUCCUCCUGAAACCCCACCGCCCACCCCACCACCGCUCUGCCUCUCUCUCCCCCUCCUCCCACGCCCUCCUCUGCUCGCCCCUCGCUCGCCUUCUUUCCUUCGAUCCCCGCGCCACACUUUCUGUGCUGCGCGUGAUUCUCCGCUCUGUGUCCAUACUGGAUCAGCCACAAACGAGUACAGAGCAGCCCAUAACGAGCGAGGAUUCGACGCUGGUGAAUGAGGGAGGAGCGGAUGGAGGCGCUGGUGAUGGCUCUGCCCGGCUCCUGUGGUGUGGAUUUCAACGCUCUCCUGCCCCUGGCGCUGCAAGCAGGCUUCCACCAGGUGAGCUGACCGAAGGGCUGUUGUAUGAUGGGCAAAAGGACAGCAGCCGGAGGGAGGAGCGGAUGGAGGGGCUGGUGAUGGCUCUGCCGGACUCCUGCGGUGUGGACUUCAAUGCUCUCCUGCCCUUGGCGCUGCAAGCAGGAUUUCAUCAGGUGAGCUGGCUGCUGGGCUGUACUGUGAUGGGCAUGGGGAUAGGAUAG